AUGGCCUCCUUCCUCGCUCAAGGCAUUGAUGCCGCCCUCGAGGCCACCGGUAUGGAUGCCGUAGAUGCUUUGCGCGCCUUCUUUCUCCUCGCCGCCGCUACGACUGUCUCGGUCAGCAUCCCCUCCUCCUUACGCUCCCGUUUCCUCGUCUACGGACCGCUCCCAAUCCCGACCGUCAAGGGGGGUGCCUCAAUCUCCGGCACACUAGACUAUCUUGCGACUUGGCAAGUACCGCACAGUUACUUCACCCAGUUCUACAUCGCCUCGGUGGUCUCCUCGGUGUUUUGGGCUGUCCAACUGCUAUGCCGUGGUAGCUUAUUUGAAGCCAUCGCCUCGCGGGUGGGCGAAGAGCAUCGAGUACAAACCAUGUCUCUGUCCCAGGUGCUCGUCUGCUGGAUUCUGCUGGCCAUGCAGGGUUCACGACGACUGUGGGAGUCAUCUUCCUUCGCCAAACCCUCCACAUCUAAAAUGUGGUUCGUACACUGGAUAUUGGGAUUGGGAUUCUAUCUGGCUGCUGGAGUUGCGAUUUGGAUUGAAGGAUCAGAGGCACUAAUGAACUUCAAUAUCACCCUCGACUACAUCAAAAUCACCAGAGCCCCAUCCAUCCGAACAUUUCUAUGCGUCCCGCUUUUCCUAAUGGCAUCCGGAAUGCAGCACGAUUGCCAUCACUUCUUAUUCUCCCUGAAAAAAUAUACCCUCCCAGACCACCCGAUCUUCCGCGCCGUCGUAUGUCCGCACUACGGAGCCGAAUGCGUGAUCUAUCUGUCGCUAGCAUUUCUUGGAGCUCCGCGUGGCCAGUCCGUGAACAAGACCUUGUUGGCAUGCUCGGCGUUUGUGGCCGUCAAUCUUGGUCUCACCGCCCGAACAACCAAACAAUGGUAUCUGGAAAAGUUUGGCGGGGAUAAGGAUGACCUCGAGCAAAUCAAGAGUCGAUGGCUCAUGAUACCAUAUAUCUACUAA